UGGGCUACUUCAUCGCUACUGCCAGAGAUCCGUAUGCGCGAUGGAAGCCCAUUACAUCGAUGUGGGUCACUGUUGCAUUCCUCCUGGUGCGUAGGUCUUUCGCGUAGAAUCUUCAACGAGAAUCUUCAAUGAGCUCCGUAUGCUGACCGGCUUAGACAAAUUUUAUGCCGUUUUGGGGUAGCGCCUUUCGAGUGUCUUUCGUCUACUUCAAUUCGCUGAGAACGGAAUAUUCUCCCGUUUGUGCGGCACGCAGCCUCCUUCAAGUCGCCUUUGUCAUCUCAGUCAAUGUGCUUUCCAUCUUUGCGGCUCUUCUUUUAUUUCCACCUUGGGAAGGUCGACUUCUCUCUAGCAGCUUUUGGAGCGGGCUUGCAGGACAGGGAGAAGAUAUUCGUCAUGCCGAUGACGACUUCAUGCAACUUCCGAGGGCUAGCCAAGAACGCAUUCGGAACUUGAACCACUGGUGUGGUGCAUUGGUUUCAUGGCACUUGAUAGCGAUAGCACUUCCGGCUCUGGCUUGUUGCAUGUUCUCCGUAAUGGAUGGAUGCAUAAGGAGAAGGAUGCAGCAUCACUACCUGUGUACGAAUAGACCGCCCUCGGACAGGAACACUACGACACAUUAGCAAAUAUACCCUCAUUUGCUAUGAGCUGAAGCUUGUGUGGUCACUGGUUUGUCCACUUCGUUCUUCCAGAGACAAAUGUUU